UCAUGACCUGAGUGCUUAACAGACUGAGCUACCCAGGUGCCCCUGUAUGAGAUGUGUUUUUGAGUGUCUUCCUCUUGUGUACUUUAAAAUGUAGUGUUCACCAAUUAUUGUUGCAUUACAUAUAAUUGGAAAUGCAAAUACAUUUUAAUUUCUAGAAUAAUAGAACUAGUACAAUUUUGAUGAAGGAGGAGAAAUGUGUGUAUAAGAAAUGGAGUUACUUCUUAGAGAAUCAGAGGACUAAUGGUAAACAGACUAAGGAAGGAAUCAAGUUCACAUACUCAGACCUAAUCCAAAUUUAUUUUGUGUGUGAGACCUGUAGUCUCUCCAUAAUUAUAAAAUAACACAUUCAGAAAUGAUAAAAACAGGCAAAAUAUUUAAUUUGUUGACAUCUAAUGGGCAUGGAAUAUGACACACAUGAAGGAUCUACAUAUAAAAUGCAUAUAUUUGGAGGUAUGUGUUAGAAUGUCAAAAUGAAGUUCAAUCUGUCAUUUAUGUUUCUUUUCACUAUGUAGUGAUUCUUUCACUGACAUGUUUAUACCAUUACCACUAACCAUGAUCACGUAUUGAUUCUUUGUUUGCCUAGCUACACUAAAUACUCUAUGGAUGUGAUUUUCCCCCAUGUCAAUCUUCUGUUGUUUGGUUUAUGACAUCCUGAUUGCAGGCUUAGUGAGAUGUUUAUUUGUCAACCAAUUAACCAUGAAAAGGAAGUAAAUGGAAUAUUUGUCUUAAACUUUAACAUAGUCAAGGAACUAUUUCUGAAAAGCAGAUUUCAUAUUUUGAAUGCCCUUAAUAUGAAUGCAUCUUAUCUCAUUCAACAAUUUGAUUCAGACAACACUGACUGAUUUUAUGUCUGUACAAGGCACCAUGGGGAGCAAUUUGGAAGAUGCAAAGAUGAACCAGAGUAUCCUGGUCCUCUCAAGUGGCUUCCCACAGUCUUACUGAUGAAUUAAUUGAAAGGUAGAUCUAUCUGUCAUUGUCAGGGCAUCUUGUCUUAGUGGUGAGUUUAGCUCAGUAAUUUUACUUAGUGUAAUGAAAUAACACAGUGUAAUACCAUGAGCUCAGCUGCAGUAAGGAAGAAUGUUUCUGGAUAAAAAGCUAAUGGUGUGUGGGGAAGACAGUCAGAACUAUCCUGGGGUGGAUGUUGGUUGCACAUCAAAUACCCUGCCAGUGUCAACAGCUUUUUAGUGCUUGGUGGGUGUCAUGUACCAUAUACAGGGACCUUCUGAAAACAGAAUGUAACCCUAAAAGAGAGACAAAGGACUUAUUUUGCAAGUGGGUUUUUCUUGUUCCUCAAAUCACACUCCUCUGGAAAUUCCCUCAACAUAGGCAAGUCUUUAUUAAAAUCCACAGAGAAUAUCACCUUGAUCUCCAGGGCAAGGCUGAGAAGUGGACAAGACAAAUAUAAUGUCUUCUCUAGAGAUUGUAGAAAUCAAUGACCACGCUUGCCUGAGAAUACAGGUUAAUGUACAGUGCAGAACAGAACAUGGAAUACAUGUCCUAGUUUCUUUGUAGUACUUAUUGGUGGAAGCAAGAGAAGGGAUGGAAAUGAUGAGGUAGGUUGGGAUGUCUUGAAGGAGAGCAUGAGUUAGGUACUGUUUUCUAAACAGGGCACUAGACUGCUUCUUAACUGGCAAACUCAUUACUAAGGAACAAGUGUGAGAAGAGAAGAGGAGAGAAGAGAAGAAAGGAAAAAAGAAGACACAAAGGAUGGAAAGAGUAGGCAAUGGUAUCCUAUCAAUGUGAGGAUGUGGAGAAGGAGAGAAGGCUUUGAAUCACUUACAAUUACACCUAUGGCUCCCCCUGUGUGCUGAGGUUUUAAAUCUUACUGGAUAGAUGAGACAUCCUAGCAGUAAGCUAUUCAGAGACAACAGAAGAGCAGGAAGGGGUUAUCUUAUACAACAUAUGAGGCACAUUUUGAUGCUGUCCUCUAAACCAAACAAUUGCCAGCUACACUUCCUGCUGGCUUCCCUCAGAAGACAAACAACUUGAGCUUUCACAGCCACUGGAUUUCCUAGGCAACAAAAGUGUAAACUUGAGAAAAGGCAGAGCCAGGGUAGGGAUUGACAGUGAGCUUAGCCACUUAGGCUGUGAAUCUGCUUCAGUGAUUUCCAAGCUGUGCAAUCAGCCUGAAGAGGGCGGCCAGCAAGUGUGAGGAGGGGAGGGAGCUGGGAGGGAGGUGGAUGGAGGAGCUGAGCCCUCCCAGGGGAGCCGGAGAGAGCGUCCCUAGUUUCAGAUCCCAGCAACCGGUGGCAGCAGGUUAGCAUUUAAGAUGGCGGGCACGGCACGUCAUGACCGAGAGAUGGCGAUCCAGUCCAAGAGGAAGCUCACCACGGCCACCGAUCCCAUUGAAAGACUCCGACUGCAGUGCCUGGCCAGGGGCUCCGCAGGCAUCAAAGGUCUUGGCAGAGUGUUUCGAAUUAUGGAUGACAAUAACAACCGGACCCUUGAUUUCAAAGAAUUUUUGAAAGGACUAAAUGAUUAUGCUGUGGUCAUGGAAAAGGAAGAGGCAGAAGAGCUCUUCCGGAGGUUUGAUAAAGAUGGAAAUGGAACAAUAGACUUCAAUGAAUUUCUUCUCACAUUAAGACCUCCAAUGUCUAGAGCCAGGAAAGAGGUAAUUAUGCAAGCUUUUAGGAAGUUAGACAAGACCGGAGAUGGAGUUAUAACGAUUGAAGAUCUUCGUGAAGUGUAUAAUGCGAAACACCAUCCUAAGUACCAAAAUGGAGAAUGGACCGAAGAACAAGUAUUCAGGAAGUUUCUGGAUAACUUUGAUUCACCCUAUGACAAAGAUGGAUUGGUGACCCCCGAGGAGUUUAUGAACUACUAUGCAGGGGUGAGCGCAUCCAUUGACACUGAUGUGUAUUUCAUCAUCAUGAUGAGAACUGCCUGGAAGCUCUAAAUGUUUCAAAAGAAGAAUUUUUGAACUAUUACGCUGGUGUUAGUGCUUCUAUUGACACCGACGCCUAUUUCAUUUUAAUGAUGACAAAAUCAUGGAGAUUAUGACACUGUCUAUUAAUUCUUUUGGAAAUCAUGGACUCUCAGAGAGUGGAAUGACUUUGAAAGAAGUCCAUUGCUAUAGAUUUUUGAUAAGAUAUAAACUGAAGUUUCUGAAAAAGCUAGCCUAUGAAAAGCAAUAGAUCUUCAGUCAUCUUACUUAAUUGCCUGGAAUAUAUCCAUUUUCUUAAAUGCCUAGGAUAUAUAUUUAAAUCAGAAAGAAAGGAAGAACAGAAGGAAGAAAGGAAGCCAUGGAGUGAGGCUGGAAAGUGGUUCUUAGGUGAAAUCAUGUAUUUCUUGUUAUAGUUGUUUCUCUUAUAGGUGUACAUGUAGGUGGUUCCCCAACUUUCACUUAUUUGUUGUCUUUGGAGUCUUUAGCAGGAGGUGAUGAUAAAAGGAUUGGAGGAACAUCUGACUGUGUAAAAUAUCCUGAGCUUACUUAUUUUAAUGUGUCUCUUGGUGAAUGCAAAUAAAAUUUAUUUUAUUCUGAAAUUUAGUGGCUUUUUUACCCCUCUAUUUUCAUAUUUUGAUCCAGGGAUUUAAAGUCAGCAAAUUCCCACACAUGAAUGAACGGGGACAUAAGUGAUUCUGGGGACAAAAGGAGGGUGAGCUCAGUUGGCCCUCUUAGUUGAAGGCUGGGUUUUCAUGGAGUGGGAUCACUUCCUGGGUUGGCCUAUUAGGAUGAAAAGCAGUGCACAGGGAAAUCGAUGGGCUUAUAAGAAGCCUUGGAUACUUUCUGGAGCUUUAAGGUAAAUUGAUGAGGAGGACUUUGAAAAUGUUUUGGGAAUUCAUCUUUGGAACCUACAUUUAGGCUCCUUCACAAGGCAGGUGAUACCAGGUUUCUGGACCCAUUUCUCUUCCUCUAAUAUCUGCUUCUCGGGAAACAAAAAUGGCUGGGAAUUGAUUACUCAUAUAACCACAGGCUCUUCACCUUGAAAAGAUGAAGAAAUGAAGUGGGAGAGGAGAGGAAAGGCUGAUGCUGUGCUUCUCAAACUUAAAAAAAAAUUUUUUUUAAAUACUUAUUUAUUUUGGGAGAAAGAGAGAGUGCAAGUGGGGGAGGGAGAGAGAGAGAGAGGGAGAGAAAGAAUCCUAAGCAGGCUCUGCCCUGUCAGUACAGAGACCAACAUAGGGCUCAAACUCACAAACCAUGAGGUCACUACCUAAGCCUAAACCAAGAGUCAGACACUCAACCAACUGACUACCCAGGUGCCCCACUUCUCGAACUUUAAUGAGUACCCAAAUCACCAGAGACUCUUGUUAAAAUGCUAAUGCUAUUUCAGAAGGCUGGAUUGGGGUUCAAACUUUAACUUGUUAACAAGCUUCUCUGUGAUAUUGAUGCCUCUGGUUUUCAGGUAACACUUCAAGUUACAAUGGAUAGAGAUACCAGCCUGUAUAUUUCCAGUAUUUAUGGUUUAUUAUUUUUCCAUCUCUAGUUGGCCAUCAUAAUUCGUGAUUUUUGACUGCUGAGCCAUCCUUUCUUUGUCUUGAAGUUCUGAAAAUAUGAAGGAAGCAUCAAGAAAAUGUAUGUGCCUCGCAGGCAUGUGUAGGAGAGAAAUAGCACUUCGAAGAGACCUCGUGUGGUGACAUUCUAAUUGGAGAAUUUCUCACAGCCCAGGGCUGAGUCCCACAGCCUUCCAGCUUCGAGGAACUGAAUGUGUCAGUCCA